AUGUUUACUAGCAUAUUGACUUCAAAUGGAAGGUGUUUGUAUAUAUGUAUGUACAUACCCAGGGCAAGGGUUACUGUAAGGCGAACAAUUGGCAGCCGACUUGAGAGGAAGACCUCAGAGGCGCACACUAUAUAUUUCAGAAGAUUAAAAUUCUCCCCUCAAAAUUGCACAGUACUGAUCAACAACAUUGAUAGUUUUAUACAAAGAAGCCAUCUUAAGAAACACUUAACAGCCUAUAUACCGCAUAGAAUCUCCCCGUCUACAGAUUUAUUUUACACUUUAUACCUUCACAUCGUAUGGC